AUGCAUAAAUAUAAGAAAAACACACCGUUAAGUCAAUCGAUAAUCGAAAGCCGAGGGUCUCCAAUCGUUAAUAAAUCUUUACUGGACCUGGCAUUAGACUCUGCCUCAAAUAUGCCCCGGCUUUAUGACAGUAUUACAACUUCCCUGUUCGUGUACGCAAAAUUUUAUGCACUUGCAAUUGCAGCGCUGGCGCACUGCGCGCACGCGCGAGUGUCGUUUGGCGAGGUCAUGGAGAUGCAAAGCACUGAAAUAGGAGAGAGUACCGCCUUCAUCAACCCGAGCGGGCCGAUCUGCCUGCUGCGCGGGUUCGUGUACUCCGAGCAGGGCUACACACACAACAAGCGCUUCUUUGCUCCUGAAAUAGAAACCGACUACAAAGUGGAGCCCGUUGGAGAUGUUGAAAAAACAUGGAAGCACAAAUACACAAGAAAAGCGCAGAAGGACAAACCCUAUCUGUCUGCGAAGGGGCCCGCUCUGGGCUCCAAGCCUGCUGGCAAAAACUACUCAGUGGAGUACCACCGCGUGCUCAUCGAGAUGUUUCCGUCGACAGACGGGCACACUCUGUCGGUCGCUGUUGCCCGAGAGGACUCCUUCUUCCAGUUUCUGCAGGGGAUGCCCACCAAACAACACGCGCACUACGUGCUGGCCGCGCUCCUUCUGCUGAGCGAGGGCGUGGACGUGCCCAUUAAGGCCAAACAGAAAGAAAUAGCACUGGAUAUAGGCAGCAUAGCAUUUGAGACAAAGGCGAGCAAAAAGGCUGCACAGGUCAUAAACUUCUUCAAAGAGAACAAAGGCAAAGGAAAGCUGCCGGACACGCUAGAGGCCUUCAGCACCGGCGACUUUCUAAACACGCCGCAGUUCCUCAUCCAGGCGUACGUCUUUGAGUACAUCACGAGCAAGAGCGACGCCCUGGACUUCGCAGCGUGCAUGCACGCCAUCCUCACAAGCCUGCCAGAAGACAGCUGCAAAGACGUAUAUAGCACGUGCUUUGUGGAGAGCAAGGCAAAGGCUGAAGAAGACAAGGUUACGCGCCCGCUUGUGCAUAUUCAGAAAGUCAUGAAGAAUCUGGAGUCGUUCCCGUUCGCCAGCCCAAACAUGCUGCCGGCGUACACAAGCGUGCAUGCCUGCAAGAGAGGCCACCCCGAGCUUUUGGACGAAACCUUCAGCAACUGCGUGGAGACAGGCCUAUUUGCGCUCUUCUGCUGCCUUGCCCACGACCCAGUCCAGAAAAAGUACAACGUGGGCGCCAUGCUCAGUGAGGAAAAGGAGUGUGAGAAAACAGAGGCCCUGCGCAGUUUCUUCCAGUUGAAGGGCGUCAGCCCAAAACAAUGCGCCACUCAAGACAUAAUGCAGGAGUGGAACCGCGUCGUGUCUGACCUGCAGAGCGAGCACAUCGCGUACGGGACAGAAAGCAGAAACGAGGUGCGCUCCGGAAUCCUCAACGUGCUCUACGUUGUCGCAGAGGCAGCAGGCAGGCAGAAGGAGGAGCCGAGAAUACGCGAGCUUGAACUGGCGCUAGAAGACUCCGAGAUUGGCAAAGCCUCUGAGGACGUGAUUGAAAAAACACAGGAAUACGUGGAAAAGCUUUUCGAGUCUCUCUCUGUAGAUAAGAGCUUAAAAGUCGAAUUCUCCGGCUUGAAGGUCGACGCCCGGAGCGAUAAGCGGAAAGAUCUCUACGGAGAAAUCACCCUGAAUUACACAGACAAAUACAGAAUCAAAAAGCAGGGAAUACGCCUUGCCUUUCAGCCCAGGCAUCUAAUAGUCACCCUGUGCCCGUGCACCUUCCUUUCCUCUGCCAGUGGUGAAGAAGAGGCUUUCUUUGCGGUGAGCGACUGUCCAUACCCCAGGACCUUUGCUGAGUGCGUGUUUGCCGGCUACGCAAACGCAUGGAGGGCCAGGGGCGCGGACCCUCAUGGAGACAGGCUUUCUAAACAUAUUAAAGAGAUUGCAGGCCGCCUGGUGACAAGCGGGGCCUCUGCGCACCCAAACCAGCUUUUCUUGCUCGGGAGCGCCCUGAGAUACAAACAGAUACAAGACAUUGCCGAGCACUUCACCCUGCAUGCAGUAGCAAAAGGCAUCAAGCUCACCCAGGAGCACCCGGGCGUGCGCCUCCUCUCGAACCUGCUCGGCAGCCUUCCGCUGGACGACUAUGAAACACAAAUGGAUGUGCUGCAGUACCCAGUAUGCCUAGGCAUGCAGCGCGAGCUAUUUCCAAAAAUCAGCCUGGCAAAGGAAAGAUUUGGUCUAAUCUAUCGAAUCUCAUCCACUGUUAUCGAAAUAGGGGACUACAUCGGAGACAACUUCGCACCCGCAGCAAACGCCAUCAUGAAGUACUUUAGAGAAUACAAAGAGCAGGGGCGCGGGCCUCUUUUUGAGCGCUGCGAACUAAGAAUCUCUACCAUCAUCUCUGACUUCUUGUUUCCCCUUUUUCUCGCAGACAAGUCAACGCACCACACAGACGAAAUUGGCGCGCUUAUUAUAGAUGUGGAGGAGAAAGACCGGGAGGAUGCACUGAAUGCCAAGGCGCUCUUCGACCUCCUCCUAUUCCUCGCCAGCUUGAAAGACAGAGACACCCCGCCCGAGCUGGUGCUUGCUCUGGGCAGCAGGGUUGGGCCAAGAUCGAUCCAGGCAUACAAUGACGCCAAACACAGGCUUUAUAUCAACAGCCAAACAGCUUCUGCCAUGCUGGUGGGUCUGAACACCCACCGGAGCGCCCUGCUGCAGACGCUCAGCGGAGAAGAGGUGUUAAACGGCAUGAUGGACAUACUCCAUCGUUUCAUAAACCAGAAUGAAUAG